GGAAGGGUAGAUAGAAAGAAAAGGGUGGAGCGAGGAUUUGGGCGAGAAAAGUGAUAGAAAAGAUUCGAUGGAAAAGCUUGGGUUUGCGGGGUUGGGGUUUGAGCCUUUGCUUUUGUCUUCAUUAAAUCCGCCUUCUUUUGCUCUCUCUCCAUGACUCUUACUACGCCACAAAACUCCCUUCUUCUUUGGCAGUUACUGUAAUUUCCUCCAAAAACCUUCCCAAUUAUCAUAACUAUGCCACUAGAAGAGGAGCGCUGCAGCAGCAGUGGCAGCCGAUCUUUCAAGAAAAAGAAGCAGAAGAGGAUCCCUCAGCGCGGGCUUGGCGUUGCCCAGUUGGAAAAGAUCCGUUUAGAAGAACAGCAUAAGAAGAACGCCGUGUUUGCCAUCCCUUCCAUCCCCUUCUCCUCUCCUUCUCCCGCCCAACUCCAUCUCAGCUUACCAAAUCCCGUCUUCAAGACGUCCGACCUGGUCCCGAGUCUUGAAUUUGAAUUUCCCAUCCCAUCCCCAUCUCUGCAUUACGCGCAUCAUAGCAGUAGCAUCCCAUCCCCAUCUCUGCUUUACGCGCAUGAUAGAAGUAGCAUCCCAUCCCCAUCUCUGCAUUACGUGCAUGAUAGCAGUAGCCAGGUCGCCAGCGGCAGCUGCGGCGGGUAUUCAUUUAUUCAUGAGUUGUAUGGGACUCCCAAAUUUAAAACUUCAUUCCAAUACUAUCCGGAUUCGCAGAUUGAAUCAAAACCAGUUUGGCAUUUGCAGAAAAAUCAACAAACAGUUCAGCAGCCGCAACAACAACAAACUUCUUCAUUGGUCAAUAUUUCAACGUCAUCGUCAUGUUCGUCAUCUGUCAUUAAUCUUCAGAUGGAGCCCCCUUCAAACCAAAGCUAUUGCAGCAAUUACAUACCACCAGUAAGGCAUGAAGAAGAAAGGACACGCAUCAACGUUCGGCAAGAUAUGGUUGGCAUGAAGCGCCCCCGGCAAUUUUCUCUGGACGAACUGCCUGGUGCUGUCCCCUUCCAAUGCAAACUCAUGCCAUUUCACAUAUGGGAUGAAUCCUUGAGCGGGCUCGAUUUGUUCAAAUACGAUUCGCAGAAACCUCUAAUAAGAGAGGUUCCUUGGAGCUCUACUGCAGUCCAUACCGUCCAUGACUUCCACCGCCGGACCAAGAUCAUCAAAGAAAACAGAGAUUUAGAUGGUGAUUUUCUCACCUUGGGUCCCCCAACCGCCUACUCGAAUCCCAAAUCAAAACAAUCUGUACCGAUUCCGGACGCACAUUUUGGCGAAUGCAAUCCAGUCCAAUUUAAACAGAGCAGGGAAGAAGAAUCGUUAUUCGGUUUCUGCGGGCCAGGAAAACAACAACAGCCCUUCUAUAGCUUUCUGGCGGAGCGGUCAACUAACUUGAAAGAUUGGAGAGGAGUUGAUAGUGUUGAUUUGAAUCUGAAGUUAUAAGGAGUGUGUAGAAAUGUGAGAGAUCCAUUUGCUCAUGAUUCAAUGUCUUAAUGGUGCAGAUUUGCUUGCUGCAAUAACUUCAUGUUUCUCCAUCAAGCCCGUGUGAGAAGAGGAGAAUAUGGAAAGAGUUUCUAGCCAUAUGAGAAAGAUAAUUUGCUUGAUGGAAUGACUUCAUGUUUCUCAAUGAGCCAUGUGAGUAGGAAAGGUAUGGAAAAGAGAUUCUGGCUUUGAGAGUGAGUUUUCUUUUCUUUUCUCUUCAU